UAUUCUUCGUUGAUAAACAGCGGUGCGAGCACGUUUUUCGCUUGGAAAGAAAACCAUGUGGUGAUCUCUUACGCGACAGCAUAAUUUUAAUUUAAUUAAUUUAAUAUUCAUAUAUAAGUUUUAAUAUAUAUCCUAAAAGGUCAGGUGUCGGUUGUUGUUUAAAAACAUUACAUAAUGGUGGAUUCUGGGUGCCCCUGUGGUAAUGAUUUGCUUGUGGGUAUUGGAAACCCACUGUUGGACAUAUCAGCAUGCGUUGAUGGGGAUCUGCUGAUGAAAUAUGAUCUUCACCCAGAUGACGCUAUUAUGGCGGAGGAGAAACACAUGCCUCUCUAUACAGAGCUUGUUGAUAAUUAUAAUGCAGAAUUCAUAGCUGGAGGCAGUGUUCAGAAUACUCUAAGAGUGGCGCAAUGGAUCUUAAAGAAACCUAACAUUUGCACAUACUUUGGCUGUGUUGGCAAUGACAAUUAUGCAAAGAUAUUGAGAGAAAGAGCUAUGUCGGAAGGUGUAACAGUUCACUAUCAAGUGUCACAAGAGGCUCCGACCGGUACCUGUGCAGUGCUAGUAACGGGCACGCACCGUUCCCUGUGCGCGAACCUCGCCGCCGCACAGAAGUUCACGCCUGACCACCUCGAGAAACCAGAGUGCAAGAAGAGCAUUGAGAAUGCGAAGUUCUUCUAUGCUUCCGGUUUCUUCGUAGCGGUAUCUCCGGAGUCGAUAAUGCUGUUAGCAGAGCGUGCGAACACGGGCGGCCAUACGUUCAUAAUGAACCUGAGCGCGCCCUUCGUGUCGCAAUUCUUCAAGGAACCGCUGCAGAAAUUGCUGCCGUAUGUCGACGUAUUAUUUGGCAAUGAAUCGGAAGCGGACGCUUUCGCCAAAGCUUUCGGCAUUACCGAAACGGACUUAAAAAAGAUUGCAUUAGAAAUAGCGGCACUGCCCAAACUUAAAACAACGAGGGAAAGAGUGGUAGUGAUUACACAGGGUAAAGAGCCGGUCAUACUUGUUGAGGGUACGAAAUUGACUUUAAUUCCUGUCACGGAGCUUUCUAGGGAUCAAAUUGUGGACACUAACGGCGCAGGCGACGCGUUCACGGGAGGUUUCUUAAGCCAAAUGGUGCUCGGCAAACCCUGGGAUGUAUGUGUAAAGUGCGGUAUCUACACAGCCACUCAUAUUAUCCAACAUUCUGGUUGUACUUUUAGUGGUAGUAGCGAUUUUAAGGAUAAUUAAUGUUAUCAAAUUGUUUAGGCGCAAUAUAUUUGAACUUGCUACUCAACAGUGGCGAAGGGUUCAUACCGAUUCCCGUCGGCUUCCCUUUAGGAAAUGUCAUUAAUAUUUACAGGCUACCAUUCUGUUCUCACUAUUUUUGAGAUAAAUAUUGAUUUUUAAAUUAAAAGUCUACAAUGCUUCACAUAAACAAUAGUACAAAAAUAAAACAUUCUUCAUAGAAAACAAUUGACAAAAUUGGAGUUAGGAUGUGUUAAAAAGUGUAGCUAGCCGAACGAUAACUAAUAUUUUCAUAGAAAAAAAUGCCAUACCAAAUAGGCAUGAUGACAGUAACAAAGAACCGCCAAACUAUUGUAUUUAUCUAAUGAUAUACGGUUCAUGUAUUAUUAAGAACGUAUUUUUAUUUUUAUUCGAAGUGAGAUUGGUAUUUAUUUUCGAUAAAUAAAACUGCGAUAUAUAGCGAGCCACCAGGACAGGUGGAACGCUAAAUUCAAAAUUUUGACGUCACGUCCGAAAAUAAGUUUGCACCUCUUUAACUUCGCAAAUCUCUGCGUAAUAUCAAGUAUUUCGUGAUUUAAAACUAUCAGAUGCUAAGUUUUUUGUUAUCAUGAACACGGACUAACUAAAGCUCUUAUUUGCCUGUAACGUCACGAGUGCGGCCAUGUUACCCGGCGAGCAUUUACGUAGGAAAUAAUUUCUUUAAAGUAUAAUUCGCAAUUGAUAUCAACAAAACCUUUAAUUUCUGCACAAAUAAGAUACUAUUUAGAUAUAGUAGACUCUUGCCUACUUCAAAAGGGCAGUUUUGGAAAAUGAAUCAUCAUGCCUAUUGCAAUGCAACAUGUUCACUUCACUUCCACAUCGAUAUGACUUGUGUCUAGCAGACGCAUUUGCCGAUCGUAUUCGGAUUAUGACAUAGGUCUUUAGUUAGGUCUAGAGUUAUAAGGAACGUAUUAAGCGCCUCUUUACGGUUGUUCAAAAUAUUGACCCUUCGCCACACGCAUACAUAUCAAUAAAUGACAACAUUUUCAUAGUCCGACUUAGCUUUACAAAUAGUAUGGCCUUUAGACAAUCUAAAAUAAUAAUAAUAUCAUCUUUGUAAGUCCGAAAACCGCGUAACUAACAUUGUAAAAUUGAAGUAGAAAAUAUCUUUCUACAGCUACCCUCAUUUUCUUAAAAGCUAAUCAGCCUGAUUUUGUACUAACACCGAUAUAAGGGGAAGCAUAAAGUGCUCUAAAUUUUGUUUUCAUUUAACUGUAGCAAUAAAAUUAGCCAUAUUUGGAGUCCCAAAGAAGCAAGCUCUAGGCACUGUUUCAAACGGUUUUGAGUAAUUUAUCAUAAUAUAGUUAACAAUGUUAGUUUAGCGUUACAGGUCUUUCAAAAUUAAUAAAGAAUUAAGUAGUUCAAGGAAUCCCUCCAUUGAAAUCAGAUAAAAACUUCCUUUAUUGUACCGCAAGUCUGAUGUAGGAAAAAAAACAUUAAUAAGUAAAUUGUAACACCAAGUCCCAAAUGGUUGGAUCUAUCGAGCUUAGAAAAUAUUCCGUAUAAUCUUUAACCUUAGCUGAGCAGGGAUAUAAUGCCUUAUUUUGUAAAUUAAUAUGAAUUCUUAUUUGUAUAGAAUUUGUGGUUUCGUUUUAUUUCGUGUUUUACGUUUGUAGGUUAUGUUAUUGAUUUUUAAGUUUCGACUGGUCCUGGCAAAGCCUUUACCGUCAAACUAUUAAAGUCAACCGGUCCGAUGUUGAGUAGACACUAUACUAUAACUACCAUAUACCUUCUAGAUUGACGCUUCCAUAGACUAUAUUGUCACUUAGCAUAAUGUUAGUUUGAGAGUUAUGCAGUCAUCGAAUAAAAAAUAUUUAAAAAAAACUAUAGGACUUAGCUUUUUUGCUAUAUUUCGUAAGUUUUAUUAGUACAGAAAAAUACGUACAAAGUACACACUAAGUCACGUACACAAUAGUAAGUAAUAAAAACAGAAAGAAAAGAAGUAUUUAAUUUACAGCCAAAAUUAAUAAUAAUUAGUCAAAUCAAAAUUCCUAGCAGAUUGAAUUUAGUAAACUACUCUAUCUAGUAGAUAGGAUGGCACUACUAAAUUCUAUCUGUUAUCUGAAGAUUUUCGAUUAGAUUUAUUAUUUAUCAACAUCGGGAGUUUUAUCGCUAUCGCAAUUUGUUCUGGCUUAGCGACUUGGUUGCGGAUGCGAAGAGCAGAUGACUAGAAAUCUAGUGAACUAAGCAAAAGUUUUCGAUGAAAGAAGAUAGAUAGAAGAAGAUGAUUACUAGAAGCGAUGGUUUUCUAUUAAUUAAUAUUCUAGUUAAUAGCAGUAAUAUAAUAAAUUCUAAACGGGUUUAUGAAAUAUGCUUAUCUAUACUAAAAAUUUUACAAAACUGAAGAGUUUGGAGGUGGAAGGAACUACCAAUCUUUUUUUUGUUACUUACCACGUUUUGGAGUUUUCCUUUAAAUUAACAGAGGUAAAAUCGCAGGAGACAGCUGGUAUGCAAAUAAAUAGAACAUAUUUGUAUGGGUUAUAUCGAAUUUGUAUCAUUAUAAAAGGCGCCCCGACGUCUUCCAUCUUUAAUAUCUAUGCAAUCUAAAGUAUGUCAAUCUACAGUCAAAAGGUGCUUAUAGCACUAGUGAUAAAAAAUAGAUACGGCUAGAUACUAUCAAUGUCACCAGAUUUAGAGAACGAGAAGUUUAAAGUAAAAUUUUAUGGCGUAAUUCGCAUUUUUAGCACUGAAAAUCAUUUACAAUUUAAUCAUUGUUUUUUAUCUACUUAUUAGUUUCCAGAGGAUUAGUUUCCAGGUAAGGACGUAGAAAUGAAACAAAAAAUGUAUUGUGCAUAUAUAUCUUAAUAACAAUCAGUCUUGUACAAAUUGAAUAGGAAAGGUAAAUUAAUACAGUGAUGGGUUAAACUUAUUCGUCGAUAAAACGAACUGCUCGUCCUAAGUCAUAGCAAUUCCAUUCCAUUAUAAGAAUCCCACUUUGUUUCUACAUUAUUUUAUUUCUUAUCCAAUCAUAUGUUUGCGAAACAUCAAAGGCCUUAUUAUGAAUGUGGCAUAACGACGCAAUAGUUAAAAGAUUAUUAUUACAUUUUAAAAUGUUAAACACCAAGGGCUGUACCGACGAACUUUUGAUGUUGUCUCCCUGUCUUUCCUCUUUCUAGUAAAACAAAUUUGAAAGAGAUCCAAAAAAUAAUUCAAAACGAUUUGCGAGACGCCACAAAACGGCGUUUUGGCAAUUGUAGUA